GAAAUAAGAUUUAUAAAAGGACUAUACUCCUUACUCCUCGAGUCUAUAGACUUGACUUUCUCGACCCGUUAACUACCUCCCUACCUACCUACUUACCUACUUACCUACCUAACGUACACAAUAAUCACUCGCCUCGUCUUACGUGCGCGGCCGGCGUACCAAUUCCAAGUCCUACCUAAACCCUAGAGAUCCGAAGACGAAAAAAGACAGAGAGAGAGAGAGAGAGAGAGGAAUAAAUAAAAUCAUGAGUUCCGCCGCCGCCGCCGCAGAGCAAAAGGUAGAAGACAGAAAAGAAACGGGCACGUACGAAGCCGGCUGCCACUGCGGCUACAUCAAGUUCUCCGUCGCCCUAUCGCCGCCCUUCCCCGCGUACAAGGUCCUCGACUGCAGCUGUUCCGCGUGCUCGCAUCUGGGGUAUCUGCUCGUCUACCCCAAGGCCUCGGAUAUCGUAUGGCAUAACAACGGCCGGGAGCGAUGCGCUAGCUACCGCUUCAACACUAAGCAGAAGGACCAGAUGUUCUGUCCUAAGUGCGGUGCUAGCCUGGGCAUCGACUUUUUGGAUGUGUUCAAGGAGCAUGUGUAUGGUAUUAGCGCCCGCUCGUUCUACGGCAUCGAUCUCGACACUUUGACGUACAAGAAGGCGGACGGGAUGCGCAAGGUCGAGCCCGCGCAGGAUUUGUCUGGGCAUGUAUGGGACGAGGAGAAGCAACAGCUAACCUAACCGAAGACCCUAAACGCUGACGAAUAGGUAGAGAGUACUGUUAGUACUAGAUAAUAAAACAUUAUGAGAAGUCAAGAAUCCACCAGGUUGCUAGCGAGUAGCGAUGGCUCAUCUCUAAACACCACCGAGCUUUUUAGGCGGAAGUAGAUAAGUCGGCAUAGGACACGCCUAAGAAGCAGUGUUAAGGUAAAAAUAACAAUUCAACAACUGGCUUAUACGGAAUCCGUUGACCACGAUAA